GCAUUUGUUUGUUUUGCCAGGACUGGUGAGCCAUGAACAAGGGAAUGUUAAAGCGGCUGCUGUCAGCAUUGAUGUAUGGCGUCUGCUCCUUCCUUAUUGUGGUGGUUAAUAAAACUGUCCUUACAUCCUACAAAUUCCCCUCUUUUCAGUUUGUUGCAUUGGGACAGAUGUUCGCAACAAUUAUAGUGUUGUUUAUUGCCAAACAUAUUAAGGUUGUGGAUUAUCCAGAUUUCUCAUUGGACAUUAUUAAUAAAAUAUGGCCACUACCUCUUAUUUUUGUGGGCAAUCUAAUAUUUGGCCUUGGAGGCACAAAACGACUUAGCUUGCCUAUGUUUACAGUAUUAAGAAGAUUUUCUAUUCUAUUUACGAUGAUUGGCGAAAAAAUAUUGUUAGGAGUAAAUCCUCCACUGACUAUACAGAUGACAGUUUAUACAAUGAUCUUGGGAUCAAUAAUUGCAGCACUAAAUGAUCUUUCCUUUGAUGCUGUGGGAUACUUCUUCGUCCUAACUAAUGACAUAUUCACGGCGGGUAAUGGUGUAUACGUGAAGAAGAAACUGGAGAGCAAGGAGCUCGGGAAAUAUGGCCUUCUCUAUUACAACUCAUUUUUCAUGCUCCCUUUUGCUGCAGUAUUCUGUUGGUUUAAUGGAGAUUUGGAUAAGGCUUUGGCAUAUGAUAGAUGGAAUGAUGCAAUGUUCAUAAUACAGUUCAUUAUGUCAUGUAUCAUGGGAUUCAUUCUAAUGUACUCCGUGAUGAUAUGUACGCAGUUCAAUUCCGCUCUCACCACAACCAUUAUUGGCUGCCUGAAGAAUAUAUUUAUAACAUACCUCGGAAUGAUAAUUGGUGGAGAUUAUGUCUUCUCUCUGUAUAACUUCAUGGGCUUAAAUAUCAGUAUUAUUGGCAGUAUAGUAUACUCUUGGGUAACGUUCACUAAAAAGGAUCCCCAGAAAUUAGAACAGAUGAAACCUCUGUCAUCUACUACCGUGUAGCAGAUAUAUCCUUCAGUGAAUAAACUGCGACCCUUUUUUUUUUUUUUUUUUUUAGUAUUGUGAAUGCCAUAUUGAGAUGCCAGUCAGUAAUUUCUUAAUUGCUGUUAAAAGACAAUGUGUGUGUGUGUGUGUGUGUUGAAUAUAAAUAAUUCUUUAACAUGGGCAGAAAGAUUUUAUUGAUGCUAUAUACUGUAACACUAUUAAUGUUCCGUUUGAGUUUACUGCACCAUAAACAAAUAUGAUUAUUUGUUUUUAUUUAUUAAAAUGACUAAAAUUACUCUUACUAUGGUUACCUCUUGAGUUAGAUCAGUUAUCAUUAUUAAAAAUUACAUUAUUGCAAAACAGAGUACGUUCACCCUUCACGAUCAUAACCCCUCCCCACACUUUGCUAACAUUAAAAGUGCUGACAGUGUUGUGAUGUUUAAAAAAAAAUCUUUUGAAAUGGUAGAGAAUAUUUUUCUGAAGGUAAUGACACAAAAUGUAAAAUUUGAUGGAAAACUUACAGAAUUAUGCAGGCACAAAGUUGGGCUCGGUGCAGUUUACACAUUGGUGAUUUUGCCUAUUGUGAGUCCAAUUUUAAGCCAGUUCCAAUGGUCGAUUUGACCCAGUUUCUGGCUGUUUUGCUAGUAUGCUAUCUGUUCUGUCAUUUGAGCACAAAAAUUGCCCAUCCAGCUCUCAAAACUACCCUGUAAUACAUGUGGAAAUCAGUAAUUUGGCCAGUUUUACACAAAAUUAAAAAAUUUUUUAUUAAAGAAGUCUAAAAUAAAAACUGUAGGCAUGUUGGUCCCUGCUUGGUGCAGAAAUGAGUUUAAAAAUAAAUAUAUAUUUAUUUUAUAUAACGAGGGAAGAUAUAUGUAGUGGAAAUAUUUGGUAUUGGUUCAUAAUACCUCUCUAAAUUCUUGAAAACUGCGAAGUUGAUAUUACUGUAUCAACAUAAAUUACUUAUUUCACUUUAUUGUUUACAGAAUGUUGGAGUUGAUUAAUUGGGUAACUUUAAUUUUUUACUUUUAUUCAGAGGAAACCUUGCACUUCAGCAUUACACUAAUUAUUUUUCCAAUACAUUUAAAUGUUUCUCAAAAUUAUAGUACAGUAUUCUAUAUUUCUAUAUUUUAUUUAAAUAAAUAUCCAACACUGAAAGGCUCAAUUUUGUGCUUUUAUAUGACUAAUGAUUGUUUUCCAUUAUUAUUUAGAUAGGUGUUUUACAUUAAGAAAUUUGUGACUAGAAAAUAUUGGCUUAGAUAUUAACAUAUCUUGCCUAAUUUAUAAGAGUUGUACUGUAUAUAAUGUAAUGGCAUUUUCCAUCCAUUCCAUAGUCUGACUAGUUUUUAUUCUUUCUAAAUUUUAUUUACAGCAUUGUUCAGGAAUUAAUGGUAGUAAUACACAACCUGCACAUAGGAGAGAGGAACUGAAGAUGACAUUUCAAUCUGACUUGGACCAUUUACAAAGUCACACAGUGUGGCUGUGUAAAUGGUCCAAGUUAGACCAAAAUGUCAUUGUAAGUUCCUCGCUCCUAUAUGCAGGUUAUUUGUGUAUUGUUCCAGUCACAGUAUUGUGCCUUUUUGUUCUUUAAUAGUAGUAAACACAUAAAUCUCGUGAAAUAUUCUUCAUUGAUAUGUUUUAUGACACCAGAUUGCUGCACUUUUCAUUUAAUUUUUGAUACCAUAUUUAAAAAUCUCUCUCUACUGUAUUUAAAAAGUACAAAUAUUAUAAAAGAUGUAUAUCAGAAACAAGGAUUUCAACUGAAAGAUGAAUGAUAACCCUUUGGAAACUUGUAUUGCUCAGUAGCAUUUCAAGACAGAUAUCUUAUUUACAUACAGUACAUUCAUCCUAAUAAUGUUAGUGUUUUACUUGUGAUAUUUUUCCUCAAGACUUAAUUGUUAUGGUUUUGUGGCCACACUGGUUUAUGGAUGCUUGUUGUUAGUAUUUUAUCUAGUUUUUGCACUGUUUUAUCUAGUUCAUUAGUUUAUACUUUUCUUUGAGGUUACUUAAUUUACUCUGUUAGGAUUCGUUAAGUUUUUAAAUGUCAGUGUGGAGUAUGGGUUGAACUAAACUUCACUACUUAAGAAGGAUCUUUUUUUUUUUUGGGGGGGGGGGGGCAUUUAAGGAGAGUGCUAACCCAUUUAGUUAUGUAUUUUAUGGCAAACAAGACGAUCUGGUGCCGAGGACGCUUCUUCCUUCACCCCCCCAAUUCUGAUUGGGAAAAAAAAAAAGAUAAACAGUACUUCAGCCUCCAAGAUACUGGGUAAAUUUUUGAGACUAAUUUUGGGGUAAAAAUAAGUCUUUAAUGCUGUAAAAUAAGGUAUACAAUACUUGGGAGAAUUAAAGGCAGUCCAGUUCAUUUUAAGGUGAGAGUAUCUUUAAUUCCUUGGAUCAAGAGCCCUUCCCUUGAAGAGUAGAAAGGUAAAAAAAAAAUUGUGGAAUUUCCUCUUAUUAUUGAAUCUUGUGAAUAUGAAUUAUGAUGCCCAGACAUUUUAUUGAGGUUAUAUUGAAUAAUGUAAAUUGGCAAUUUCAUUCAUUCACAAAAUUGGGAUUUCUCACACUCUAAAAGGAAUGAGCCACACCAUUUAUAAUUUUAAGUGCUGCAUUUUGUGCUCAAUUUUGCUUGUGAUUUCUUUAUAAUUGUUUUUGUGAUACAGUAGCCUGGCACUGGUUUGUUUCUUAUGAUAAGUGCACAUAGAAAGUAACAUUCAUCUACUCAUCAGUCAAUUUUGGAGAGAAAGUGAGCGAUUGAAUGUGAAUCCUGGCCCAUGGCCAGGUCUCAGAGAGUAGAUAAACUGUCAAAACUCUUCAGAGGUAUAUCAGUAUACUAUAUUUACUUGGAACACAGAAAUAAUUACGUUAGUAGAAAGUAACGUUCAUCUAAUUUUUUAAGGUAAAUGUGAAUGCAUGUACUGUAGUAUAUUUAUUACAUGGAGCAGAGAAUAGCUAUUUUAAUUUUAAAUAUGUAUUUGAGAUUAAUAAUAUAUUUUAUUAUCAUUAUUUUGUUAUUUUUUUCAGUUCAGAUCUUGAUGCUUUAGUUAGAGGAACUAACAUAAGGCAGAUGAUAAAUAAAUAAUACACUUAUAGAAAAGACACACAAAACAGUGUAAACCCUUAUUAAAAUGAUAUCAUCCUCAAAGUGGUCACGUGAGGUCAUGUGUGUCCUAAGCUGUCUGGGAGUUAGCGUGGGGUGUUACCGAGCACCAUGGCUUGCUGUAGUGUUUUAGAAUCUCAGGUUAAAAUGUUGAAGAAAGAGGUUCUACCUCUUCAGGAGGAAAAUAAGAGGCUGAAGCUUUGCCUAGAUCGGUUUGGGAGUGAGUGUGAGAUGAAUGGAGCUGGUAAGGAGUGGCAGCCACUUAAAGUAGCUGCCACUCUCACCAGCAGUGAGAGUGGCAGCCACUUUAAGUGGCAAGUGGUUCACAAUUCAGGAAGAAAGAAGUUAAGGAAGGUUAAUAGAGAAGAUGUGAAGGUAGGAAAUCGAUUCUCUGUUUUCCAGGACGAAUGUAUUUCAGUGGUUAGUGAGGUUAAAGGUACCACUGUCUCCCCUCUGCUAAUCAAGGUAAGAAUAUUCUGAUUGUGGGACACUCUCAGGUAAGAUAUAUGGACUGUGCUUUUUGUAACAGAGGUAGUAAGGUCAGACAGGUUGUGCCUCCCAGGAGCUGGUGUUGGUGACAUAGCAGGUUGGAUAAUAUUAUGUCAGGUAAUGGGAACAAGCCCAUUAUCUGUCUUAGUGCUGGUGGUAAUGAGAUUGGGAAAGGCAAGAGACAGGAGCUACUGGAUAAGUACGGGUCAGCCAUAGAAAUAGGUCUAAGGGAGGGAUCCCAAUCAUAUGUAGCAUCUUGCCUAGAAAGGGAGUGGGCAAUGAAUGGAUGUCUAGGGCAAUUGGUAUAAAUUGCUGGUUAGACAGGUACUGCAAGGAACUUGCAAUCCCAUUCAUUGAUAACUGGGACAAAUUCUAUGGCAAAUGUGAUAUGUAUGCAAGGGAUGGGGUUCAUCUCUCUGGGGCUGGAGUGGUUGCAUUAGCCAGUUCGAUUGAGGGGGUAAUUGAUGACUUGUCUAGGACCUGCAACUGAUAGA